AGAAGCUUUAAUUCUGGCUCAUUUACGUUUAAAAUCAUCAGAAGUUGUAAAUAAACACAGAAAAGUGUAUAAAACGGUUAAUUGAUCGUUCACGUUCAGCUGAAAAGUUCUUCUUUUCAAUUAUAUUGAAUAUUGGAAAUAAACGAUGGAUAAAUGCUACGAAUAUGGUACAUCGUGAAGCUGGAAUUUCUAAAAUACGACGUGGUAAAGAGAUUGAACAACUUGCUUGGUGUUGGAUUGGUAUUAAUCUUCUUCUAAAUGCAUCAUCAUCAUCUUCAAAUGAUAAUGAUUAUUUGUCAAAUGAAUGUCUGCGUUUAUCAUCAAUGUGUUUAACUGUUAGUUUUCGGCUAUUUCCAAAAGAACCGCUGUUUCUUAAUCGUUGGUAUGAAGCAUUUUCACGCCUUCUUUCAUCGUCAUCAUCAGAAAGUACACCACCAUGUCUGGGUGUGGUAUGCAGUUUAAUGUUAUUAAAUAUCGGUCAGAUUGUACAUUUCUAUAUGGCUAGAUAUGAGGAAGAGAAAGAGAAGGAAGAGGAGGCGGCGGCGGCGAUGGUGAUUUUCUAUUAUUCUAUUUAA